AUGGCAACAUCUCAAGCACCAACACGCCAGGCCAUCACUCUGAAAGGUUCCACGAAUCUUGUUACGGAGAUUCUCUUUCAACGAGGAGUAUACCCAUCUGAUGACUUUCACAUGGUAAAGAAGUACGGGCAAACUGUCCUCGUCACUCAGGACUUGGCGCUAGAGAACUACCUCGACAGGAUACUGAAGCAGCUCAAUAAGUGGCUACUUACUGGGUCGGUAACGCAACUCGUACUUGCGAUUAUAUCAAAAGAUACCAGACUACCACUUGAGCGAUGGGUGUUCGAUGUUAACCUCGUUGAACAACCGGCUGAUUCUACCGAACCAACACCUGCAAAACCUGAAUCAGAAAUCCAAGCCGAGAUUCGUUACAUCCUCAAACAAAUCGUAUCAACUGUAACCUUCCUCCCAAUUAUUGACACGCCGACUGUCUUCAACAUCCUUGCAUAUACGCAUGAUUCCGCUGACGUGCCUGCCGAUGAGUGGGUCGACACUGAUCCGCUGGCGAUUGAGGCGAGCAAGAGUCAGCAAGUGAAGUUGCGAAGCUUCAGCACUGAUCUACACCGGAUAGAAGCGAUGGUUGCGUAUCGUUACGAAGGAUAA